AUGGCGGCCGGACUCCCACCCAACUUCCAACUCAUCGUCGUUGGCACCGGCUUGCCUGAGUCCAUCAUAGCAGCCUCGUGUUCCAGGAGUGGGCAGAGGGUCCUUCAUGUCGAUUCAAGGAACUACUAUGGAGGGAACUGGGCCAGUUUCAGUUUUUCGGGCCUGUUGUCAUGGCUGAAGGAAUUCCAGGAGAAGAGCAACCGGGGUGAAGAAAGGGCCGCCUGGCAGGAUCUUCUCCUUGAAACAGAAGAAGCCAUUGCUCUGAACCAAAAGGAUGAAACCAUUCAACAUGUAGAAGUUUUUUGUUAUGCGAGAUGA